AGACGACCCAACUCCUCCCGCAACCUCAACUUUUCUCAUACUCAUCUUUCCUCUCCUAACCACAAACACUGAGAUCUUGAAUCCGCCUCCAUGGCCUCUUCAUAUACUAAUCUUCGCUUUUGCGGGUGCUGGUACCCCGUCUCUCACAUCGGUAUUUGGGGUCAGAGCGCCACCAGAAAGUAUUUACCUCAAGUUGAACUCUCAUCCUCCACAACAAUCCUUGCAACUACUUCUCGUACCGUCUUGAGACAGACAUUCAUCAAUCCAGAGAAAUCUUCCCUCAAAGAGCUCCAGUACACUUUCCCACUCUACGAUGGCGUCAGUGUAGUUGGCUUUAGCUGUACUGUUGGCUCAAAGACCAUCGUUGGCGUUGUCAAAGAACGCCAACAAGCCAAAGCAGACUAUCAAGCAGCUGUCGACAGAGGCGAGACCGCUGGACUUCUCGAGCAACUACAAGAAGCCUCCGAUGUCUUCACCACCGCCAUCGGUAAUGUCCCAGCGAAUGAAAAAGUUCUCGUCGAGAUCUCCUAUCUUGGUGAGCUCAAGCACGAUGCAGAAACCAAUGGAUCUCGUUUUACAAUACCAACAAUCAUUGCCCCGCGCUAUGGCUCCACCUCAUCCGAGUCUGCAGCUGCUCUAUCGAGCAGUAAUGCAUCAACAAACAGUGGCAUCUCCAUCACGGUCGACGUCACCCUCGAGGCAAAUUCUAUCGUCCGAGGCUUACAAUCUCCAAGCCACCCAAUCGCCGUGACCAUGGGGCGGACGUCGAUCAUGAACCAAGAUGCCUUUGACAACAAUCAUGCAUCUGCAACGUUAACCCUAGGCACCACCGAACUUCAAAAGGAUUUUGUCCUGGUCGUUCUUUCAAAGGAAAGUCAUACUCCUCAAGCCUUACUCGAGCAUCACCCGACCAUACCCAAUCAGCGCGCCCUCAUGACAACAUUGGUCCCCAAGUUCAACCUUCCCAACACAUCCCCAGAGAUCGUCUUCGUUGUCGACCGGAGUGGUAGCAUGGAGGGCAAACUCGAUCUCGUCGUGGCCGCAAUGAACAUCUUUCUCAAAUCUUUACCUGAACAUCUUUCUCAAAUCUUUACCCAUUGGUGUCAAGUUCAACAUCUGCUCUUUUGGGUCCAGGCAUACUUUUCUUUUCAACAAGAGCAAGACUUACGACAAAUCAAGUCUGGCAGACGCACUUGA